GUUCUGUUCCAGUCCCUGAGGCUGGAAAAUGAACGGCAGCUACUCUGACAUCAUGGGAAGGUCCCAUAUCUACCCUGUCGACUGAUCGUAUACGGGCAGCAUAUUUUCUGAGGUGUUGUGUAACUGCCGUGGUGGGUCAUGGUUCCUGGACACAGCUGGCACAAUCAUCGGACGCGUUCGAUAUCUCAUGUCGUUUUUCUCACUUACUUGUUGUUCCCUUACAUGUGGUACCUGCAAUUCGUCCAUGCCAUCAAUAGGCCUGUGAUGUUGCAACUGCUGCGCAGAGAUUAUGAGGUGAUGAUUCCUCGUUUUGGCAGCCUCUCGAACUCAAGCCUAGGGAACGAAACGAAAGUAGAAGCAUAAUUCGCCAUCGUGAUGGCCACUUCUGGCUCAAUUGCAAUUUGCAACCAGCUUGCACACCGAGAGGUACGUCCCACACUCACCAUCAACGCGACAACACCCACAAGCCCUUAAACAUAACCUUCUUCAACGCUCACGUAUAUGGAAUACCCCACCACACCACGAAACUUUCCCUCCAAAGCAUAACAGGCUCUACCGUAAGAUACGCAGACCCCUUCCAUCUCGACGACUACCUAGUAUACAAAUGCUUAUCCAAACUAGGAAUCCUCGUUAAACUCAAGAGCAGUGAAGGCGAACUUGAAUACGAAGGAUAGUGCUGGCCCGGCUCCAGGUCAUGAAUCGACUUUUCCAUCCUGCAUCUUGGGAAUUUUGGAUCUCUGUUCAAGACAAAGACCAUCAAUAUUCAGUGGAGUGGGACGGAUAAAGACGAAAUGCUAGCCAUCAGUGUUUAACGGACCGGACAUCACGAUGCUGAAAGCUAUGGCUAUUAGGAGCAUAGAUACGUGCAUGAGAUCAAAGAAUGCUCCUCAUAUGUACCUCAUAUUCAAAUCAAUAUUAAUGCUCUUCCAAGUU